AUGCCAGAAGGCAAUAAGAUUCCCCCUUCGUAUUAUGUAGCUAAGAAGACAUUUAAGAAGAUUAGUUUGGCAUAUGAAAUGAUAGAUGUGUGCACAAAUGAUUGUGCUCUCUUUUGGAAAGAAAACGAGUCCUUGCAAAAUUGUCCUGUUUGUAAUGAGAGUCGAUGGGUCGAUAAAGACACAAAAGGCACGAAGGUGGCUCGUAAGGUGUUACGAUAUUUUCCUUUGACGCCUAGACUACGACGUUUGUAUUGUUCAAGGCACACAACGAAAGAUAUGAUAUGGCAUAGUACCGGACGAUCGGAAGAUGGGACUAUGCGUCAUCCAGUUGAUGGAUCUGCAUGGCAAGACUUUGAUAAAAAGUACCCAAACUUCGCGAUGGAGCCACGAAAUGUUCGCUUAGGGCUUGCAGCUGACGGUUUUAAUCCCUUUAUCAACGGUAGUGGAUCCUCGACUCAUAGCACGUGGCCGGUUAUACUCACCACAUAUAAUCUGCCUCCCUGGCUAUGCAUGCGAGAGUCCACAUUCAUGUUGACCUUGUUGAUUCCUGGCCCUAAAUCACCGGGGAAAGACAUGGACGUUUUCCUUAGACCGUUAGUGGAUGAGCUUAAGCAAUUGUGGCCGACAGGUGUACGUACUAAAGACGCAGCAACAAACACAUACUUCACAAUGAAGGCGGCGUUGUUAUGGACCAUAAAUGACUUUCCAGCCCGUAGUAGUCUAUCAGGUUGGAGUGGACAAGGCUACAUGGCAUGCCCAACUUGUAACCAAGACACUCCUUCAAUACGUGUAACUGGUAAAUGUGCUUAUGUUGGUCAUCGCCGGUUCUUAGAUGCCAACCAUCCUUGGAGAACAAGUCUCGACUUUAACGGGAGACCCGAGACACGAGACCCUCCGAGACAGUUUAGCCCAGCUGACAUAGAAGCUCAACUCGGUCGUUUAAUUAAUCGUCUACCAGGCAAGCAUCCAGAUUUUGGAGGUGGGAGGAUAACCCGGUGUAAUGCAUAUAGAGAAAAAUGUGUGCGACAGCUUGCUCAGUUUAUAAAAAAUGUUAAAUUACCAGAUGGGUUUGGAUCUAAUAUCAGUAAGAGGGUGACAGAUAACAAUGCUAACAUUACCGGGUUGAAAUCUCAUGACUGUCAUAUCCUCAUGCAACGUUUGAUACCGAUUGGGGUUAGAGGGCUUUUGACUAAAGAUACAUCUACACCAAUAGUAGACCUUUGUAUGUUCUUUAAGCAACUUUGCUCUAGAACACUAUCGGUGGAUGAUAUGAAGAAAGCAAAGGAUGACAUUGUUACCAUCUUAUGCAAGUUAGAGAUGAUCUAUCCACCUGCGUUUUUUGACAUUAUGGUUCAUUUACUUGUGCAUUUACCUGAUGAAGCGAUUGCGGGAGGUCCAGUAGCUUUUAGAUGGAUGUAUCCGUUUGAAAGGUACAUGAAAAAACUAAAGAACUAUGUCAAAAACCCGGCAAGGCCUGAAGGUUGUAUAGCUGAACGUUAUGUGUUUGAAGAAGCUCUAACAUUUUGUUCAAUGUACCUUAAAGAUGUUCAGACUAAGUUCAAUCGCCCAGAUAGAAACGCUGAUGUCGUUGUUGAAAAAAGAAAGUUAUGGGUGUUUGAGUCCAAAUGUCGUCCUGUUGGCGCAACAAAGGACAUAUAUCUAUCAUUCAUCGAAAAAAGCAAGAUGGAAUGGUUUGUCCUCGAAAAUUGCGCAGAAGUUAGGGAGUACAUGAAUGAAUUCAAACAUACACAUCCCCAAGAUGAUCUUAAAACCAAAUUUCCGGGAUGGUUUCUCCAUAAGGUCCAUUCGAUGAAAACACAAAAUUCUCCAGAAUUCCACCCGGAGUUGUAUGCUCUUUCAAUUUGUGCGAAAAUGACUGCAUACACUUACACUGCUUGCAUAGUCAACGGUGUUAGGUUUAAGACACUUGAACGUGAUGCAAAAUGCACAACGCAAAACUCUGGGGUGGAAGUGGUUGGAGAGAACGGUGUGAAAUUUUAUGGCCAAUUAGAAGAAAUUAUUGAGUUGCAUUAUACAAAUAAUUAUUCCACUCUCCUAUUUCGGUGCAAGUGGUUUGAUACUCGAAGGGGUGUAAACCAUGACAAUAAUAUCACCAGUAAUUGCACUGAACGUGAAUGGGACAAAGACGAUAAACUCAUAUUUGCUUCGCAAGCCAAACAAGUGUUCUUCAUCCAAGAAACGUCUCGAAACCAAAAAAACAAACAUAGGUGGGUAGUCGAAAAUGUUAAUCAUCGAAGAAUUUGGGAUCGGCCAUUAAGUGAUGAUGACCGCGUCAAUAAGGUUCAAAAUGUUGACAAAGGCUUAGAAGACAAUGACGUUGUCGACAACAACUCUUCAUCUGACUAUCCACUUGUCAUUGACUUGACCCAAUACUUUCAAAUUGGAUCUUCUCAUGUUACUGCGGGUGAGCCUUCAAUUGAAGUUGAUCCCCCAACGGCUACCGUCGAUGAAGUGUUUGAGAUCGAGUCUGAUUGUGAUGAGGUCGAGGCUGAUUGUGAUGAGGAUGAUUCCGAUUAUGUGGAGUCUGACUAA